GAAGCAGACGUAAGGGCUUUCUCAUCCUCGCUGGAGCCCCUGACCAUCACCGUCAUCUCUCACUGAAAGCAGCGAAGUGUUCCCUUCUCUACACCCCGAGAAGCCCCCUCGUCGAGAGCGUCAGGAUGCUGGCCUGUACCGAGCUCAUCACCAUGUGUCUGCAGUCCGCCAAACACGAACACUUGAGGAAGCAGCAGGAGCUGGACCAGAACCAGAACCACAGCAUCGCUCUCAUCCAGGACAUUCUCCGCCGGGCCGACAAAAACGAUGACGGGAAGCUGUCUCUGGAGGAGUUCCAGUCUCACUUCACCGACGGGAUCCUGACUGAAGAGCAGAUGCAGGAGCUGUAUUACUCCAUCGACAGGCAGCAGACUGACAAUCUGGACAUAGAAAAACUGUCAGAGUACUUCAGGCCCCAUCUGGGAGAGUACAUGAACGUCUUGUCGGCUCUGGAGAAGCUGAACGUGGCCAUCUUGAAGGCCAUGGAUAAGACUAAAGAGGAAUAUCAAGGCUCCUCCGUCUUGGGUCAGUUUGUGACCCGCUUCCUGCUGAGAGAGACCUCCACCCAGCUGCAGUCCCUCCAGUCCUCUCUAGACUGCGCUAUGGGGGCCGUUCACGACCAGGGCCACGUGGAGAAAGUGAAGAAACCCGAAGACCUGCCGAUCCAGAGGGCACCGAAGCGUCCGGGCCGGCGCAUCCAGAAGAACAUGUGCCUCUCCCCCACUGACCCGUACUCCGGCAUGCUGACCACAGGGGUCAGCGUGGAGCCGGACAACCACUGGGGCUCCCAGAUCAACCAGCUGGAGCAGCUCAUCGACAAGCUGGAGUGCGAGAGUCCACACCUGGAGCCUCUCAAAGAAGACACGCUGGCAGGGACGUAUAAAUCGAACAUCCUCCUGGUUCAGAGGCAGAUGUCGGUGAAGGAGAGGGACGUGGAGCAGUUUCAGCAGGCUCUGAAGAUCUACACCGACGCCACCAGCAGCCAGCUGGACAACCUGCACAUCUCGGUCCAGAACCUGCCGGACAGAUCGUGCUUCAUCAUGUACGAAUUCUGGCAGGAUCGUCUCUCCUGGAUGAGCUACAUGCAGUCGUCCAUCAGCAAAACCUUCCAGAACUGCAUCAUCGAUUCUCUGGAGGUGCCGGAGAUCGUCUCCACCAUGCUUCUCCCAGCCUCCUGGUGGAUCAUGAAUAACAACUGAGGAGCUAGUUCCUUUUGAAGCUCCUCCCCUCAUAGCAUGGCCAAGAUCGUGACGAUAAAAGGUCUGGGUGGAUCAGUGUGAAGCUUGAAGAGCGUGGAUAGUUAUUGCAAUAGUAGCUGGUUUAGAAUUUAGGUUAAUAGAAGCAAAGAAAGCAUGACUUAUGAUUUUAACUAACAUUGUCAUUUCACAAGAAACUCAGACCAAAACAGUCCUGCAUCUUUAUCUUACUCUCUGUGGUGUCGUGCUUCGUUGUUCCCUCAGAACUUCAGCGCUGCUGGUGCGCAGUGAUGGUCCAGAUCUGCUUCUCUGUGUGUCACUUUUGCACUUUAGAAAACUAUAACCCAGACGUGGACCUGAUGAAGGCGAGAGGAAGCAAAUAUUUAUUGUUCUACUGAGGUUUGUCUUGGCUCUGCAACAGCAGCUCAAAGCCAUUCAUUCAGUCUGUCUGUCAUGGAAAUAGAGUUUUAUAUUUUGAGUACAGAUGUUCCAGCGUGGUUAGGGUGUUAAUAAAUCCAGAGUGUGUACAGUAAAUUCAGAGCGGUGGUACUAGGUGUUGGUUUGUCUGCAGCUGUGAGGAAUCCUUCACUCAUUUUUGACGUGACAGUUUGAUGUGAAUGCUCCGUUUUCUGGCAUGUAUUAAAGUUCAUAAAGUGCACAGUGGCUUUGUGCGUAUUUCUA